AUGCAGAACUCAUGGAUCCGUGUUCUUUCUCUCGUCUUUCUCUUCUUCUUGGUCGCCUCGCCUGUUGAAUCUUUGCCGCAGAGGAGAAAGAAAGGAGGUGCAGCAAAGGGAGGAGCUGCCACAGGGGCCGCAACUGGUGCUGCAGCUGGAGGAGCUGCUGCCACGAAGAUCACGCAAGCUACUGAUGGAUCAAUGAUUCUGGAUAAGACCGUUCAGAUCAAUGGCCUACCCAUUCGUUACAAGAUCUCUGCACCAGCCGAUCAAUUCACUGCAGCUUCAGGUGUUCCCGGAGGAACCGCAGCCGCCAAUACAACUGGUACGAUGGGUGUCAAUGUUCUUCUCCAUGGUGAUGGUGGCCAAAGUUUCGUGGAUUUCCCCAACCAAGCAGUCCAAAACAAUCUCAUGGGUGUCGUCGUUCUUGCGCCAAAUCAGGAAAGAUUCUGGGGCGGAGGAAAUGGGCUGGACCGAACAGAUGGAGUUGCACAUGCUGCUGCUGUCAAUUCUCUCAUCCAAGACCAGAUGAGCCAAGAUGUCGCCUUCGACCCUACAAAUGUCUUCUUCACUGGUGUAUCCGGGGGAUCGCUCCUCAUGUCUGGAUUCUUUGUUCCUGCUUUCGGUGCACAAUAUAAGACAGGAGUAGUUCUUAACUGUGGUGCAAUGGCUCCUCAGGUUGCCGUUGUGGAUGCCGAUACCAUGGUCACCAGCAUGAAAAUCCACUUCCAGAGCACCAAGGACGAGCUGGCUUUACUCCAGGAUUCUAUUCCACAGUCCAUCACUGCAUAUGAGCAGUUAGCUACCGAUGCAGGUCUGUCUGCAGACCAGAUUGGCGCCCUUCAAACUGUUGACAACACGCCAAAUGGAGGUGGACAUUGCGGCUUCGAUGGCCAAGGAUUCGUUUCAGGUAUCCAGUUGGUUAUGGAUAGCUAUGACAACAUCAUGGGUGCCCAAGCAGACGGAGUCGUCACAGGAAUCGAUAGCAAUGUGUUGACUUCUGUGGUGGGUAACGAAAAUGUUAUUUUCACGAGCGCUACUUGA